CCCAAACCAUCUACCAUUCAGAUUUAGCUCUGCAUGUUCAAGCUUUUAAACAGAGAGAAAGAAAAAGAGAAACCUGCAGUGCAGCAAACAGAACACAACACUUUGUUGCUGACAUUUAAUCUUCUUUCCCAUCUCUCACUCAGUAUUUCUUCUGCCAUAUCUCUGUUUCAUAAGAUUUACUCCAAAUGACAACUCCAUCUCUAGCAGUCUCUCUUCUUCUUUUGUCCCUCCUCCUUUCUGGGGCUCAAGGGAUUCGAUUGGAGAAAGGAUUCAUCUCUGUUACACAACAGAAUAAUGAUAAUAAUUUACAAGAACAGGAAACUGCUUCAAUCAAAAGAAGUGCUGGUCCAGGAGAGUCCAGCAGUCUCUGCAAAGAUGGUGGAGACUGUUCAUCAUCAGGAAAGACUAGAAAACUAAUCUCUAAGACAGCCUCUAGUGCUGCUGCCACUACCACCACUUCAAAGAAUGACAAGGAUGAUGGAGGGAACAGAGGUGACCUGGACCCAAAAGGUGAAAGGGUCAAUAAUAAUACACAGCCUGGUGGGGAAGAUGGUGAUGUGAAAGCUAAGUCAUCAUCGGUUAUUUCAAAGCACCAGGAGCAGGAGGCUGCAGCAGCCCACCAAGUCCAACACUAUCCUGACCUCACAGACAUGACUGAAAUGGACUAUUCUCCAGCAAGGAGAAAACCUCCAAUACACAACUGAGUCUGUCUGAGUGUAGGGAAAACCCAAAAAGACAAAAAUAAAGAAAACACACACAGAAAGUGAUCCAAGUCAGUCAGUGUUAGACAAAUAAAAGAGGAAUAUUAUAUUAGCUAGAGAAGUUGGACAGCAUUACAGAAAUGCUGCAGAAUUUUAGGGCUAGGAAUGAAUGAUUUUGUGUACAUAGUAGUAUAUUCUAUUGGGAUUUUGUUAUAACUUGCUUUUAAACUAUGGUUUGGAUGAUGGAGUGAUGAUGGCCACUUUUAUAAGGAAUAAUAUUUUUUGUCGUAACUUAUAAAGA